AUGGACGAGCUUUGCCUCCUCCAACAAGAGAUCUCUGAUCUCACUAAUAUCUUAUCCUUCAUCACGGAGACGGCUAUAGAUUUGGAUGGACAGGUAAACAGUCUACACAUCUCUGAGCCGCCCCGUUCUGGCAGCCGUGAACUCGACCCUGAGAAAGAGGACCUGGAUAUGGAUGAAGCCGAACUCGAAGUCCUAGUCGCUGGUGGAGGUGCAGAAAUCGAUGCCAUAAAACGAAACACUUUGGAUCGCCUGGCUGAAGUUUUAGCUCGGUUCAAAACGGCUAAAGGCACCCGAGUACAGAAGAAGCGAAAUCGUGAUGCUAAACACGUUGCUAGUGUUAUCAUGGUGGAGGAUACGGAGGCCAAGGCUGUCAAAUUCCUCUGCAGCAAGAAUGAAGGGCUUGAUACCGUUGACAUGCAUUUCUUAAAAAAAUUAGAGGAAUUACUUCAAAACAUCAUAUUGAAUGGCAAGAGAACCCUUUUCCUUCCGUGGACGAAAACGGUAUUUGAUAAGAUAUUCGAUCAUUUACAAUCCCGCGUAAAAUAUUACUCUGCGAUAAUUUGCGAAGUCAUUAAAGAGGCGAAAGAAAUCAUUGAGCUUCCCAAGAUGCUCACAGGCCAAAACCUCCAACGAGAACUCCUCCGCGUCACAUCAAGGGAAUGGCAAGACAACCAUGGUCUCCACUUCAAAUUUCUGCCUGGUGGAAUAGGAGAAGAAGUUGUUUCGGAUAAGGCUGUGGACUGCUUCUCUGACCUAGAAGAGGAGACUCUUGUCCAGGAGGUAUACAGCGAAUUUCAACAUGUCUUUGGGAAUGGCGUCGACCAAGUCCUACCAAUCCCCACGAAGAAUCUUCUAAAGAAAGUCUACCGCAUUGUGCGGCAUCCCCGCCAGCGACCUGCACUGAAAGGUCUUCUCAGGCAAGCGUUUCAUGAUGAUAACCGACUAUUCAAGAAGGCAUGGGACUCUUUGCUGUAUUUGACUCGGAUGUUCUUUGCAGCUGUUACCUUCGUGGAUUUUGCAACCAAGUUGAAUUUCACAUGCAUUAGGUUUCAGCAGGUCCCAACAGUGGUAGCUUGCAGGCCUCAGAGUUCAGACAGCAGAUCCCCAACUGAGGUUCUAGAGUCUCUUGGUCAUUGUUUUCUAACUCAAAACUGGAGGGACUUCUUCCAAAUUCCAAAAAAGAUUGCGGACUUCAUUGAACGAUCACGCUCGAAAAGAACGGUUCAUGCAGAGGUUCAGCUCAUUCUCUAUACCGAAGACCUUCUGCAUGCGCAUGAAAGCCGCACCAGUAAAGUCUUUCCUUAUAUUGGAUGCAGUAGGAAGUGCUGUUUCUUCUGUGAGCUCUUUCGCAUAGGCCAUGGGACCUUCCAGGCGCGCGGCACACAUCUGACCCUUUUCCCGUUAUGGGCGUUACCGCGAACGUUUCCAUUACAAUCACUUCAGGUCUUACGUCAGUUCUCGAUACUCCUCAGAGACAACUUGCGGGGCAUUCUCAACAUACCGUAUCCUCCUCCUCACAGAGAUCUGCUGCAGCAAUCAUCAGCAGCAUUGUCCACAGCACAAGCUAUACAAAGGGAAGCCCAGAUAUUUUCUAUCAGGUCGCAGACGAUGACAAGAAUGAUGCUCGGCCCUGGCGGAGUCAGCGCUUCAGAGCAUCAGAUUGAGUUUCUCCCUUCAUUAGAGGAACCUGGAUAUGCUAUUCUGAUGGGUGGAUCCCAGAGGCGAGGAGUCGCAUCUGUACCCAUAGAGGAGGCCGAAACAUCCAAAACCAAUCACGAGAGGAGCACAUUCGCGUUAGAAAAGAUGGGCGAGAUGCCACCUACCGAAUGCCUAAGCCGAAAGGUAUGCCGGCAUUGUCGCAAAAUCGCAACAUACAAGUGCUCAGCUUGUUGGACAUAUUACUGCUCCAAAACUUGCCAAAGACGACACUGGAUGCACCACGUCUUCACAUGCAGGGUGCCAAGUCGGCCAAAUGACGCUGAUUUUCUCAAAUGGGCCAUUCGGAUAGCCACAAGAGACAUGAACGCUCAAAAUCAAGAAGGGCUUAACAAGGCCAUGCUUUAUCUGCUCGCAGAUGACCACGUCUGCAGCAGCUUCGGAUUCAACAACUGCGAAACUGCGCGAGAGGUGCUGCACCUUGCUUGUCUCUACGGCGCCAUGUUAUCCAAAAUCGUCCAAGCCGUUAGUGUGUUACGUGAGCAUCUGGAAGCUGGCAGUCUCUACAAAUUCAUGGAGCAAUUUUGUCAACUUGAACGACACCAUGCACAAACCACCAAUAGUGAUGAAUGUUCUUGUGUGACUUGGUUUCUAGAUCGUUCAUCUCCAGAAUCAUUUAUCAUCCCCAACAGGGACAAGACGACUUAUGAUAUCUGGGUUAUCGCAAUGACCGAUACUAUUGAGUCUCUUGGCCUAAGACAUCGGGUCGAAAACGGGUACAAGCUCAGUGAAUCCCAGGUAGAUGUUUUCAGGCUUUAUCUAGCGAUCCAGCCAAACAUUGGGCUAAUCCCUGAUAUAUGUUCUUCGUCUUGGCUUAAGUUCGGUUUCUGUUACUGCAAGUCAUUCUCAGAACGAGCGGAACUUGCUCGACAAUACUUGCUACUGGGGUCAUCUAGUGCAACUUUCGACGACAUCGUCUCCGCGUACGAAACAUCCAGUCUAGCUGGCUUAAUGCGUACUAAAGGGAUCGACAUCUCUGAAUUGGAGAUUCAGGGAGUUCGGUUUCAUAGGCCGCCUCCAUGCGAGUACAGUGUCUACCGGCUCAUGAUAGGGGUUGAGCACGCAUUGUCAGGGCGAUUUUGUAGCUGUUUUAGGGUACAUGUAGGCCGUGAUUGUCACGCCUAUUAUGAGACGCACAUGGAUCGAGAAUCUGAUACAAACUUUGGGUUCCACCUGACAAGCAGUUGGGAAAGAUGGCAGCUUUUGAAUUUCUACAAACACCUAUUCCAUUUACCAGGCUUCGACCCUCGUUGCAUGGCAGAGGCCACAGAAGAUCUCGACCCUGGAAAAUUGGAAACUUACCUCAAUACCCUUGUUCCCGACAUGAGAAGGAAAAUAUCAGAUAGGAACCGAGCAAACAUCAUGUUUCCAAGGCUAAGGAAUAGGCUAGGAGGUAAUACCCCAGACAGACAAAAUAUCUCACACUUCCAUCUUCCAUGCAAUUGCAAAGAGCAUGAUGUUAUAGGUCCAUCAGGUAUCUCUCAUUUGCGAGCAUAUGCUAGCGAAGGCAGUGGAGAAGUUUCUGGAUUCCAGAGUUGA